AUGGGGAAGACGAGAAAGCAGGUUUUCUUGUUUCAAUUAUUGUCUUUUUGGGUUCUUAUGACUGGAAUUAAAGUGGUUCAAAGUUCAUCUUCUCAUCAUCAUAAUGGCCACCACCGCCGUCUUCAUCUUCUCGGUCCUACAAAACUUUUCGUUUUCGGAGAUUCGUACGCUGACACCGGCAACAACCCAAAAUCUGAAAAACCAUGGCAUGAACCUUAUGGGAUCACUUUUCCUGGUAAACCAGCCGGCCGUUGGUCUGACGGUAGGGUCCUGACCGAUUACAUAGGUUCGUUAAUAGGAAUCAAGUCUCCAAUACCUUAUAGACGGAGAAAAUUUGGGGCAAAACAAAGGCAUGGGAUGAAUUUUGCUUAUGGAGGGACAGGUGUGUUUGAUACACUGUCUCUCAACCCAAACAUGACCACCCAAAUUGACUACUUUCAACAGCUCAUCCACGAUAAUGGAGUGUACACAAAGCUCGACCUUGACUCGUCCAUCGCUCUGGUAUCACUUGCUGGAAACGACUACAGUACUUACUUUGCUAGAAAUGGCACCGAAGAGGGUUUGCCAGACUUGGUUAGGUCAGUGGUUAAGCAACUGGCCUUGAAUCUGAAGCGCAUUCAUGAAACAGGAGUGAAGAUAGUAGUAGUUACAGCUCUCCAGCCAGUGGGAUGUCUUCCUUAUCUUACAGCCUCUUCAUCGUUCCAACGAUGCAAUGAAAGUCGGAAUGCAGCUGUGAAAUUCCACAACCACUUAUUGCACCAAGCUGUAGAAAAGCUGAACAACGAGAGUACGGUGGCAGCAUACAAAAUUCUUGAUCUCUACAGUGCGUUCAUGUCUGUAUUUGAGAGACAGAAAGGCCACCCAGAAAGUUUAAAGUUUGAUAAUCCAUUGAAGCCAUGUUGCAUAGGCAUAGGUGUUUCAUACUCAUGUGGGAGCAUAGAUGAGAGUAAGGUGAAGAAGUAUACAAUAUGCAACAACACUGAGACUGCUUUCUUUUGGGACCUAUUUCAUCCUACACAAGAGGGUUGGAAUGUUGUCCUCCGUUCAGCUUUGCAAUCUUCUCUACACUCGCUCUAUUCCUAAUUCUUUGCCAUCUUACUACUAGCGAUGAGAGUUUGACUGUUACAUUUCUGUUCUUGUUCUGCCCUUGUUUCUA